AAGCUGAGCAUAUUCUUUUGGCUUUUAAAGUCUAAGACAAUGGGACAGAGUUGUAGUUAGCAAUGGCGCUCCAACAGCUUGUGUGCUGGUUCAGUGUGAUGAUCGUACUCUUUUUCAAAGGUUGUGAUUCAAAGCUGCCCGAUGGAGCCAAAAUCAUUUUAACUGGAUCUGGAUCGACUCGAUGCUCUGGAAGAGUAGAAAUUUAUCACAAUAAUAACUGGGUGUCAGUUUCUGAUUAUAACUGGGACUUAAAUGAUGCAGAGGUGGUUUGCAGACAAUUAAACUGUGGGACGGCACUAGAAGCUCCUCGAUCAGCUCGCUUUCGUGCAGAAACUGAACAGAUUUGGCUUGAUAUUGUCAACUGUUCAGGAAACGAAAGUUCUCUAAAUGAGUGUCAACACAGUGAAUUUGGAAGACACAAAUGUGGAUAUGAUCGGAAUGCUCGUGUGAUCUGUUCAGAUCUUAUCAGGUUAGCUGGGUCUGGAUCAACUCGAUGUUCUGGCAGAGUAGAAAUUUAUCACAAAAAGAUCUGGGGAAGAGUCUCUGAUAAUGGCUGGGACUUAAAUGAUGCAGAGGUGGUUUGCAGACAGUUAAACUGUGGGACGGCACUAGAGGCUCCUCAUUCAGCUUACUUUGGUGCAGGAACUGGACAGAUUUGGCUUGAUAAUGUGGCCUGUUCAGGUACUGAAACUUCUCUAACUGAAUGUAAACACAGUGGAUUUGGAUCACACAGAUGUGGACAUGGUCAGGAUGCUGGUGUGAUCUGUUCAGAUCUGAUCAGAUUGGCUGGCUCUGGAUCGACUCGAUGCUCUGGCAGAGUAGAAAUUUAUCACAAAAAUAUCUGGGGAACAGUCUCUGAUUAUAACUGGGACCUAAAUGAUGCUGAUGUGGUUUGCAGACAGAUAAACUGUGGAUCGGCACUAGAUGCUCUUCAACUUGCUUACUUUGGUGAAGGAACUGGACAGAUUUGGCUCAGUGAUGUGACCUGUUCAGGAAAUGAAAGUUCUUUAACUGAAUGUGAACACUCUGGAUGGGGAAACUACUACUAUGGACAUUACUACGAUGUUGGUGUAAUCUGUUCAGGUCCAAUCAGAUUAGCUGGAUCAACUCAAUGCUCUGGCAGAGUAGAAAUUUUUCACAAUAAAAUCUGGGGAACAGUCUGUGAUAAUGGCUGGGACUUAAAUGAUGCUGAAGUUGUCUGCAGCGAGUUAAACUGUGGGACGGCACUAGAGGCUCCUCGAUCAGCUCACUUUGGUGCAGGAACUGGACAGAUUUGGCUUGAUAAUGUGGCCUGUUCCGGAAAAGAAGGUUCUCUAACUGAGUGUCAACACAGUGGAUUUGGAGCAAAUACCUGUAAACACGGUCAGGAUGCUGGUGUCAUUUGUUCAGCUGUGCCAAUUAUCUUAACUGGAUCUGGAUCGAGUCGAUGCUCUGGGAGAGUAGAAAUUUAUCACAAUAACAUACGGGGAACGGUUUGUGAUAAUGGCUGGGACUUAAAUGAUGCAGAAGUGGUUUGCAGACAGUUAAACUGUGGGACAGCACUGGAAGCUCCUCAUUCAGCUCACUUUGGUGCAGGAACUGGACAGAUUUGGCUUGAUAAUGUGGCCUGUUCAGGUACUGAAACUUCUCUAACUGAAUGUCAACACAGUGGAUUUGGAUCACACAGAUGUGGACAUGGUCAGGAUGCUGGUGUGAUCUGUUCAGAUCUUAUCAGAUUAGCUGGGUUUGGAUCGACUCGAUGCUCUGGCAGAGUAGAAGUUUUUCACAAUAACAUCUGGGGAACAGUCUCUGAUUUUAACUGGGACCUAAACGAUGCUGAUGUGGUUUGCAGACAGAUAAACUGUGGGUUGGCACUAGAGGCUCCACGACUUGCUUACUUUGGUGAAGGAUUGGGACAGAUUUGGCUUGGUGAUGUGACCUGUUCAGGAAAUGAAAGUUCUCUAACUGAAUGUCAACACUCUGGAUGGGGAAACUACUACAGUGAACAUCACUACGACGUUAGUGUCAUUUGUUCAGCAUGCGGCAGGGCUGUGGAAAGCACAGAAAGUUGGCCCUGGCAAGUCACCAUAAGCCACAAUGGAGACUUUCUGUGUGGAGGGUCCUUAAUCACCAACCAGUGGGUGCUGACAGCUGCUUCCUGCAUAUCACAUAACCUGACAGAGGUCCAUCUCGGCUGCCACAGCCAGUCAGAUUUAAGCUCCAGCGAAAUGUCUCAAACGGUGGAAGACAUCAUCUGUCAUCCUGAAUUCAACAACAACACACAUGAGAACGACAUUUGUCUUCUGAAGCUGUCAGUUCCUGUGACCUUCACAGACUACAUUCAGCCAGUCUGCUUAGCCUCAGCAAGAAGCACUUUCCACAGUGGGACAAGCAGCUGGAUUACUGAUUCAUGUGAAAAUUUAAAUGUACCAAUAGUGGGAAACAAUGAGUGCCAGUGCUACUAUGAAAGUGAUAAAGUGAUCAUGAAGAAUAUGAUCUGUGCUGGGCUCAGCGCUGGAGAGAAGGAUUCAUGUCAGGGAAACUUAGGGGGACAACUAAUGACAAAGAGAGGAUUUGAAUGGCUCCAGAGUGGAGUUGUGACUUUUAAUGAUGACUGUGCAAGACCUGCAGUCUUCACUCGUGUGUCAGAGUACCAGAAUUGGAUCAAGGACACCGUCACUGGCACUCAACCAAACUUUGUUACCUUCACCUUGUCGGGCUCUGACAAUGACGUUUAUUUCACCUGUCCAACAUCAUCAACUCUUCCUGUCCCCACAGCUGUCACUACUGCUGUCCCCACCGCUGUCUCUACUCCUGUCACCACCGUCAUUACUGCUGUUUCCUCCAUUUUCCCUUCCACUUUUCCCACGACUGUUCCCAUGAUAGUCCCUACCCCUGACCCCACCACUGUCCCAACUACUGCCCACACUACUGUCCAUUCUAGUGUCCCCACAGCUGUCCCUUCUAGUAUCCCCGCCACUGCCAUUCCUACUGUCCCCACCACUGUCCCUACUGCUGCCCCCACCACUGUCACUACUAGUAUCCCUACUGCUUCUUCUAUGUUUGUGCCCACGGCCGAUCCUACUGCUGUUUCCCCUAUUGUCCUUUCCACUGUCCCCACUACUGUCCCUACUCCUGUCCCCAGCACUGUCCUUACGACUGCCCCUUCUACUGUCCCCACCACUGUCCCAACUACUGUCUCCACCGCUGUCCCGUCUACUGUCCCUACCAAUGUCUCUACUGCUGUUUCCCCCAUUCUCUCCUCCACUGUCCCCAACACUGUUCCCACCAUUCUCCCUACUGCUUUCCCCCCCACUGUCCAUCCGACUGUGUCUACCACUAUCCCCACCACUGCCCUUCCUACUAUUCCCACCAUUGUCCCUACGGCUGUCCCCACAACUAUCUCUUCUACUGUCCCCACCACUGACCCUACUACUGUUUCCCCCAUUGUCUCCUCCUAUAUCCCCACCACUGUUCCCACCAUUCUCCCUACUGCUAUCCCCACCACUGUCCAUGAGACUGUGUCCACCAACCCCCUUCCUACUAUUUCCACUAUUGUCCCUACUGCUGUUCUCACCACUAUCCCUUCUACUGUCCCCACCACUGUCCCUACACCAGCCCCCAGCACUGGCCCCACCACUGUCACUACUCCUAGCCCCACCAUCUCCCCUACUCCUAUCCCAACCACUGUCCCCACCAAUGUCCCUACUGUUGUCCCUUAUACUGUCCCUUCUACUAUCCCCUCUGCUUCUUCUACUUCCGUCCCCAUGAGUGACUCUACUGCUGUUUUCCCUGUUGCCUCCUCCACUGUCCCCACCACUGUUCCCACCAUUCUCCCUACUGCUUUCCCCCCCACUGUCCAUCCGACUGUGUCCACCACUGUCCCCAGCACUGCCUUUCCCACUAUUUCCCAAAUUGUCCCUACUAUUCCCACCAUUGGCCCUACUGCUGUCCCCACCACUGUCCCUACUGCUGCCCCCACCACUGUCCCAACCACUGUCACUUCUACUAUCCCUACUGCUUCUUCUAUGUUUGUCCCCACGACCGAUCCUACUGCUGUUUCCCCUACUGUCCUUUCCACUGUCCCCACCACAGUUCCCACCAUUCUCCCUACUGCUUUCCCCCCCACUGUCCAUCCGACUGUGUCUACCACUAUCCCCACCACUGCCCUUCCUACUAUUCCCACCAUUGUCCCUACGGCUGUCCCCACAACUAUCUCUUCCACUGUCCCCACCACUGACCCUACUCCUACCCCCAGCACUGUCCCCACUGCUGUCCCUUCUAGUGUCCCCACCACUGUCCCUACUGCUGUUUCCCCCAUUCUCUCCUCCACUGUCCCCACCACUGUUCCCACCAUUCUCCCUACUGCUUUCCCCCCCACUGUCCAUCCGACUGUGUCUACCACUAUCCCCACCACUGCCCUUCCUGCUAUUCCCACCAUUGUCCCUACGGCUGUCCCCACAACUAUCUCUUCCACUGUCCCCACCACUGACCCUACUACUGUUACCCCCAUUGUCUCCUCCACUAUCCCCACCACUGCCCUUCCUGCUAUUUCCACUAUUGUCCCUACUGCUGUUCUCACCACUAUCCCUUCUACUGUCCCCACCACUGUCCCUACUCCAGCCCCCAGCACUGGCCCCACCAUCUCCCCUACUCCUAUCCCAACCACUGUCCCCACCAAUGUCCCUUCUACUAUCUCCUCUGCUUCUUCUACUUCCGUCCCUGUGACUGACCCUACUGCUGUUUCCCCUAUUGCCUCCUCCACUGUCCCCACCACUGUUCCCACCAUUCUCCCUACUGCUUUCCCCGCCACUGUCCAUCCGACUGUGUCGACCUCUGGCCCCGCCACUGCCCUUCCUACUAUUCCCACCCUUGUCCCUACUGCUGUCCCCACCACUGCCCCUUCUACUGUCCCUACUCCAGCCCCCAGCACUGUCCCCAACACUGUCCCUUCUACUGGCCCCACCACUGUCACUACUCCUAGCCCCACCAUCUCCCCUACUUCUAUCCCAACCAUUGUCCCCACCAAAGUCCCUCCUACUUUCCCUUCUACUAUCCCCAGUGCUUCUUCUACUUCUGUCCCCACGGCCGACCCUACUGCUGUUUCGCCUAUUGUCUCCUCCUCUAUCCCCACCACUGUUCCCACGAUUCUCCCUACUGCUUUCCCCACCACUGUCCCCACCACUCUCCCUACUCCCGUCCCCAGCACUGUCCCGACUACUGUCAUUUCUAGUGUCCCCACCACCUUCCCUACUGCAGCUUCCCCCAUUGUCCUUUCAUCUGUCUCCACCACAGUUCCCAAAAAUGUUCCUACUGCUGUCCUUACAACUGCCCCUUCUACUGUUCCCACCACUGUUCCUUUUACUGGCCCCACCACUGUCACUACUCCUAGCCCCACCACCUCCCCUACUCCUAUCCAAACCACUGUCCCCACCAAUGUCCCCUCUACUAUUCCUAAUGCUUCUUCUACUUCUCUCCCCAGGACUGACCCUACUGUUGUUUCUCCUAUUGUCCCUUCAGCUGUCCCCACCACUGUUUCCACCAUUCUCCCUACUGUUUUCCCCACCACUGUCCCCACCACUGCCCUUCCUACUGUUCCCACCAUUGUCCCUACUCCUGCCCCCAGCACUUUCCCCACUGCUGUCCCUUCCACUGUCCCCACCACUGUUGCCACGAUUGUCCCUACCACUGUCCCUUCUAGUAACCCCACCACUGCUAUUCCUACUGUCCCCACCGCUGUCCCUACUGCUGCUUCGUCUACUGCUGCUUCUUCUACUGCUUUCCCCACCACUGUCCAUCCGACUGUGCCUACCACUGUUCCUACCACUGCCCUUCCUACUAUUCCCACCAUUGUCCCUACAGCCGUCGCCACCACUGUCCCUACUACUGUCCCCACCAGUACCUCCACCACAGAUAACAGUAAAAUUGAUAGUGGUGAAAACCUGGUCCACUUCACUCACUUCACCUCUCUCUGUGUUCUUCUUGUGUUGCUCCAUGUAUUUGUUGGACUGGUGGAAUAUAACUAAAGACAUUUACUUAAGUCUUGUACUUGAAUACACACUUUAAAUACUUUUACUUGAAUAGUAAUUUAGUACUUUCUUUUUAUGUCAUUUUAUAUAUUUGAGGGGAAUUGCAAUCUUUCUCUCCAAUAUAUUUAUGAGACAAUGAUUCAACAUUUUGAAAAUAAGUGAUCUAAAUUUGAAAAUGGCAAAUGUUUUCCCAUUUCGAGUUUCUCAAAUUACAGUGAUGGGUAAAUGGGUGUGUUUUUAUAUGGCAAUUUUCUCCUCAUAGCACUCAAAGCGACUUGCCGCUAUGCCAUAGUUACCAUACCAGCAUGCUCUACAUUUUCCAUGUAAAUGCUUCCAUCACAUGCUCUUGCUCAAGGAUAUUUGGCAUGCAAAUUUGAUCAGACGGGGAAUUAACUGCCAACCUUCUGAUUUGCUGGUAACCUGCUGUACCACCUGACCUACAGGCAGCUCUGAGUGGUACUGCCUUAUCUAGUUACUUUAAGGUUUUAAUUACACUGAUUGAUCUUUUAAGCUCUUAAUUUAACAAAUUAAAAAAUA